CACGCAGCUCAGAGACGCCGUAGCUGGGAGUCACGCUCUGGGACCACACUUCUCCUCCUUUGCUUGUCUAUCUCUUUUUGUUUUUUUGUUUGUUCUUGUUUUCCCCACCCCGUUCAAGCCAUCCACCUCAGUGCCCCGGUGAGUCCUCACGGCAUGUCGGGACGCGCGCAUCUGGGAUAAUUUCAACUAUGGUUCGGCUCAAGAGGACAUUUUCCCGGAGCUGCCGCUGAGCUUUUCAUUCACCGGUCAGGGCUGGAUUCUCGCGGCGUGAUGGAUACAAAUGAGCUCCCAGUGCUGAAACUUUUUCUUGUUGGGGUUUUGGUUAACACCUGGAUGAUGAGAGGGUUGUCAGCUACAGACAGUUUCAACGUAGAGCCCACUUCCCCCUGGACGAGGAAAAUCUGCAACGAGUCUCGUCUGCAGUGGGAGUUGGAGGUCUGUGGGGAGGAGUUCAAGCGGGACAUGGCUCACAUAGAUCCACAGCACUGGUGCAACCUCACACACUUCAUCAGUGAGUACCACUUCUUCACCCACUGCACAGAGACGAAGUCCCUCACCGUCGACUGCUACUGGCCGAAUCCGCUGGUAGAGAGCUACAUCAUCCGCAUACACAAGUACUUCUUCUCCAACUGCACCUUAGAGGAGGUGGUAUGGGUCGACCCGCCGGACGACAUGCUCGCCGUCCUCAUCCUCAUCCCGGUGUUCCUCACCUUGGCUAUGGUUGCCAUGGUGGUGUGGUGCAGCAAGAGGAGUGAUCUCCUGGCUUAGGUUGCAGCGAUGGAAGAGAGAGGUUUGGAUCUCUACCUGAAGACAAUGCCCUGCACAACAAAGGAGUGUAGAGUACUUUUAAUCUCGUUCAAAUGUUCCCCCAAGUGGCAUCAUGAACCAUCUGCACCUUCUGUGGAAAAGAGGAAAGUCAUGCUUGGUAGUACAAUGUGAUGUUCUUUAAUAUUAUAAUAUAUUACACUCACUCCUGAUAACUUAUCAUGCUGAAGUGCUAAACAAGACUUUUCAAGACGUAAUUUGACGGUAUUUGUUUCUAUAAAGUAGUUUUAGGGAAAUGUGUUUAUUUGCAAGUUAAAUAAAAAGAUGAUACCAGUCUUACAACUAUACAGUAAAUAUAG